UGUGGUAUUUGAGACAUCGUCCGGACGAGGUCCGCAGAGUUGUAGGAGUUGCCUGUGGAUCAACACAGCCAAGUUGGACGUCGCGCGCGCAAAUACACUUUCUUCGCCGUCGUCCGUCGCGGUCGUAGAAUAUUGAUGGUAUUUUUAGGAAAAAGAACAAAACUACGCAGAAUACCCAUUCAUUGAGUAGGCUGUGAACCCCCAUGUGAAUGGCGCGAAAGGCAAUCGGCCCUUCUUGAACGUUGAUGCGUCCAAAAUCGACCUUUUUUGGGGUGCAAAUGAAAUUCUUUUUCGCUUCGCGCGUCGUUUGUCCGUGCCCGAGAAAAGUAACGAAGAAGAAUGUCGGUAGCAGCUCAUAAAAUGGCGUCCGGAAAGAAUAUCGUUUUUCUCCGACGCUGACGCGCUUACUUCGGUGAUUUCGCUCGAUUGGUGAUACCGGACGCGUGUUAUCAACAAAAACAUUAUCAGCGCGCGGCAGGGCUUUCGCAAGACGACACAAUCUCGCGCGCGCGGCCAAUGUGUGUUCGAACGAAAAUAAUGUGCGUAAAAGUGUAAGUGCAGGAAAGUGAAAAAGUGAAUUUUUAAUUUGCUCAUAUUGAGGCGUGUGGCAACAGUCAUCACCACACAGAGGGAAAAUAGUUGGUGCUCGUUCUCCUGUAUUGUACCGUGGGAGGGCGGGGCGGUCGGUAGGCUCGACGCCGGAGUGUGCGCGGUGCCUUUGUGUAGUGUGCUCUAUUUGUUCCCUGUGAGCCACUAGAUAGAUGAUUUACCACGAAAAGUACUUGUGUCAUAUCAACACCUUGAUUGAAAAAUAACCCUAUUGUGUAAGAUAAAAGUGAAGUCCUAGCGACAACCGCGAGCAUUAUUGUACAGCAAUUCAAAGUGAAGUAAUUAACUGAUAACACGAAGAAGCCAACUGGGCACAGUUUAGUAGAUAACAACAGCAGGAACAACGUUCACCGUCGCCAGUGAAAAUGUGUGCGGCACAAACAAAUCCGCCCACCAGUUUCAACUACACGUGGGGCUUUGCGGACAACUCACGCACCGAAUCGGUCGUGGAGAUUAGUCCCAACAUCAAUUACACCGUCAGCGAUGCAACGAUGCCCUACUUGCAGCUACCGGACGGGGCUAGCAUCAUCGUGCAGAAGGACGCCAAGGGGACGAUCACACACGCCAACAAGGGCGUCCGGCGGAUGAUCGUCGUCAACGAUCCAUCGGCGAUCCAGCAGGGCACGCAGCGCAUUAUCACCACCAGUGGAACGACGGCUACCGUUACCGGAGGUCAUCCAGCAGUGAAGAAACACGAAGUCAUAAAUCAAUCUAACUCCGCCCUAGCGAACGGAAUCAUCGACUCCAAAACCAAGACCAUCCUGACCACCAGCGGGAAUGCGGCGUUCAUGUCUCCUCUGGGGCCGAUUCAGCUGACGGCCGAGGAAUGCAACGAUAUUCUGAUGAAGCGGGCUGCGGCCGCCGUUGCUGCCAACAAUCAACAUGCCAUCACGACCAACACCAACGACCACCAUGCCGCAAUCGCCGUUCAAGUACAGAAAGUUAUUCAGGGUUUGGAGGAAGCAGACGAGGAUACCACAGCCACCACACACCAGCUGAAGAUCGAACCUACGUUGAGCAUUUCACCUAAACUGGAGGCGGUAGAAAUCGAUUAUAAUGAAUAUGUCCACGACUCGGAUACGCCCACGCCGAACGUGGUUCCCAAGGAGCGUCCCUACUCGUGCGAUCAGUGCGGAAAGUCCUUCCUGUUGAAGCAUCAUCUUACGACACAUGCUCGUGUCCAUACUGGUGAACGACCACACGUGUGCGUGCACUGCGGCAAGGAUUUCGCCCACAAGCACUGUUUGAACACCCAUCUGCUGCUGCAUUCGACCGAUCGUCCUUACCAGUGCCAGGAGUGUAAAAAGAGUUUCACACUGAAGCAUCACUUGCUGACACAUUCACGAGUUCACAGCCGGGAGCGGCCGUUCGUGUGCCAGGAAUGUGGCCGAUCGUUCCCGCUCAAGCGUCACCUAGUGACCCACAGCAAGUUCCACGCCGGAGAGCGUCCCUACGUGUGCGAGGAUUGCGGUGAAAGUUUUGCCCAGAAGGAACACCUAGUGAUGCAUUCGCGUUUCCACGGUUCGUUGAAUCCGUUCGUUUGUCCGGACUGUGGUGCCACCUUCCCGCGCAAAUUCCAGCUGGUAAAUCACGGUAAACUGCACGGACGCAUUCCGCAUUCGUGUACCCUGUGCGGAAAGGAAUUCCUUCAGAAGCGAACACUGGCGGCUCACAUGAGAAUCCACACCGGAGACCAACCAUUCCCGUGUAUUGCCUGUGGCGAAGGUUUCCGCACCAAGUCCGAGCUGAACGCCCACAAUCGGUUGACCCAUGGCGGAGUGAAUCCGAAUUCGUCCAACACCACGAUAAUCACAACCAACAGCGUAGUCACGACCAACGCUCAGACCCAGCAGGCCCAACAACAGCAGCAGCAACAAGUUCAGCAAGCCCAGGCUCAACAACAGCAGCAGCAGCAACAACAGCAACAACAACAACAGCAACACCAGCAGCAACAGCAACACAUCGAAGUUCAGCAGAUUCAGCACCACCAGGGACAGCAAACCGUCCAGGAUGUUAACACCGGUAACAUCAUCACCACUAUUGCCGCCAGUCAAAGUUCGCCGGAAACGUCCCCGCGGCCACAGUAUGCCUGCCGGGAGUGCGGCAGUGCCUUCAAUAGUCGCGAAGCACUUGCCCUCCAUCUGCGUCUGCACACCGGCGACAAGAGCUUAAUGACGGAUCUGUGUGCCCUUACCGCUGCCAUUCCCGGCCAUUUGUUCCCAGCUGUUAAUCAAGAAUAUUCAUUAAUAGGAGGUGGCACUACCGUUGUAAGCGCAAAUCCUGUAAUGUCAUCAUCUCCCGUUCCAGUACAAAUUAUAACAUCCUCCGGUCAAGUGGUACAGCAAACGUUGCAACCACAGAGCCCGCCCCAACAGCAGGUUCAAGUACAGCACCAACAGGCACAGCAACAGGUUCAACACCAACAGCCUCAACAGCAGGUACAGGUCGUUCAGCAGCCUGCGCAGGUCCAGCAGGUGCAACAACAGCACACUGUCGUGGUUGCACAGGCGAAACCAAAAUCCCACUACUGCGGCCACUGCGGCAAGGGCUUCGCGGCUAAGCACGGCCUACUGUUGCACAACCGACGCCAUCCGAACGGAGGCUGCACCGUCCGAACACACGUUUGCGAGUGCGGAAAGGCCUUCUUCCAGAAGAACCACCUCAUGCUGCAUCAACGGCAGCAUCUCGAGCAGAAUCAACGAACUGGUCAGGGCCAGGCGCAGGCGCAGGCUCAACAGGGACAGCCCCAACAGCAACAGCAGCUGGUUGUUAUACAGCAAACCAACCAGGAUGCUCUGGUCCAGCAACAGCAGCAGCAAGCCGCCCAACAGCAAGCACAACAGCAGGCCCAGCAGCACCAGCUGCAGCAGCAAGCACAGCAGCAGGCACAACAGCAAGUCGUACAACAGCAGGCCCAGCAAAGCCAAGCCCAGAACAAUCAACAGCAGCAUACGAUGCGCAACCUGGUCAUUGCCAACCAGCCCGUGCAGGUACAAUAUGUGCAGGUCCUGGAGAGCAACACCGCCCAGGUCAUCAAGUACGAAAUCAUUCACGACUCAUCAAGGAAUUCGAACGUCGAGUGAGAGGAGGCUAUGCUCCGUAUAACGAAACCGGACGGUACGGAGGAAAUGAAAAAAGUAUUCAUACUGAAAAAUGAGGUGGGAUGAAAUAUGCUGAAUACUGCUGGCACGACGGCUGGGGCGGGUUCUGCUGGAGCUGGUAAUAGUGCGGUUGCUACGGUAACGGCUAGUGGUGCAACUUCAUCUCUGGUGAUGUCAACAGCAUCGGCGGCCAUGGCACAGCAAGCCAUGGCCAUCGCUCCCGGCACCAGCGGGGGAGGUUUCAUUAUUCAUCAUCCCUCGGGUGCCGUCAUUACCCAGCAACCACAGCAACUUGCCCAGCCUACUACGCACCAUCAACAGCAGACGGCCACCGGCGUCGUAGAUAUCGAGGACAAAAGUGGAAUUAUUGUAAAUAUAGAUCACAAUCAGCAACAGCAACACCAUCAGCACCAUCACCAACCACAACCACACUCGCAACAGAUAGUAAUGGGAGAGAUUAUGGAUUACAAGGAUGCAUCUUUGAUCGGUACAGUACCAGGGGGAGGAGGACCAGGGGCCCCAAAUGGAGAUAAUCAUCACAACUAUGCGUCUGCCAAUGCAAUCGUUGUCAGUGAAAGCGGUGAUUAUCAUCAGCAUAUCUACCAGCAACAACGAAUAGUUCAACAACAGCAAUCAACGGUCGCAGCAGGCGGUGGCCCCAUCGAGUACCAACCGGUGCGGCAUCCGGACAUCAACAGUAUGAUUAAACAUGAAGUCUUGUAAUUCGGUUUCUUCUUGAUUUCUUCGCCCUAAGUGGCAAUUGUAAUCAUGCAAAGCGUAAAUGUAUAAAAUUGCCCUUCUAUUUUGAUACAAACUAUAUUCUUACGUUGACCAGCAAGGAUCACGAAAGGCGCAAGGAUGACCAAUUGAAUAAUGGACUUUCCGUAAAAUUAUGAUUUUCAAAAGGAAAGCGGCUAAUUUUAAGCGAAAAUUGGAUGUACAACACUACUUUUGUACAAAAAAAAUCUGAUCAUAUGGUUUAAUUUAUAGCAUUUUUUCCUUCUAUUAGGAACAAUACGGUUAUUAAAGUGUAACUAAUUUUCUUCAAACCUUGAGAAAGUAUAAUUUAAGCCAGUGAGCUGAAAAGUGAACAUUGUUUCGCUAGAGUAUAAACUAGAAUUUCACUUUGCGUUACUUAUAACGAGAGUUUUAAUAUGUGUUGCAGGUUUUCCUUCAAUUACUACAAAUAUCGUGUAAAUAAAAAAAAACAAUCGGUAUGACGAGAGGAAAUAUUUUCUACAGAUGUUCUACCAUAUUAAGCAACAAAACAGCUAUACAUAAUGGGGAAGGCGAAAAAAAAAACAUGUUGAGCGUAUUUUUAUCGUAGCGAUAGAAAGUAGGCACAUAAUUUUUGUUAAGAGAAAUGUAAAACGAAAAUGAUCAAUAAAAAAACGGGAGAAAGAAUCAAAUUGUAAAAAUAUACAAAUGUUUACAAAUCGCGCUCAUAAUGCGAAAGGAUCAAAGAAAAAUAUCCAUAGAAAAUACCUUACAAAAGCUGUUCUCGUUGAAUCUAAGCUGACAUUCACACAUUUUCAAGGAUUGCACUGUGGGAAAAAAUAGGUAUAAAACGCGAAUAAAUUCAAUAUCUCUGCUCGGAAUGGAUGGAUUCGAAUGAAUUUUUGACACAAACUGCAAAAAAAACUCUACAGUUUCAGAUAAGGAGGGUGUCAUUCACCGCCCGAUGCUGGAAAUCGGUGUAUUGAGCUCGUUUUACCCCGCGAUCUCUUUUUCACACCUUUUUGAGAAAAUCCUCAUCUAUUUCAGACUGACGUGCAAAAUUAAUGCCUUAUUUAACUCGUAUUUGUGUAGAAACUUCUAUUGUAUCGGCAAUUUGACAUAAGAUUGCUCCUUCUCUUGUCGAUUGCAUUUCACUCCGGGUGGAGAUGCAUGUGAAAAUUUAAAGAAAAAGGGGAUAUCGGGGUUAUUUGAAGAUAUUUCAAUUUUAGGGCCGUGCGGUGAGCUAAACUAGCUCCAUUCGAUACUACGGAAGUUUUAACACAAACAUGAAUCAAAUAAAUCAUUUAUUUUGCACUUCAGGAUUUUUCCAAAAAGGUGAAAAAGAGAGAGAGUGGGAUAAAACGGGCCCGAUACACUGAUUUCCAGCAUCGUGCGGCGAAUGACCCCCUCCUUAUCCGAAACUGUAGAGUUUUUUGCAGUUUGUGUCAAAAUUUCAUUCGAAUCCAUCCACUACGAGCAGAGAUAUUGAAUUUAUUCGCGUUUUAUAUCUAUUUUUUCCCAUUGUGGAUUGUACUAGAAUUGUAUUGUGAAAAGUUGUAAAUCUCGUUUUGGGUCCCUCAAAUCGAUGGGCCCCUUUCUUCCAAAAUGGUUUAACACGCGAAUAAUUUGAAAUUCAGAUAGGUACUUUUAUGUGUUUCUCAACUUCAAAAUUUAAAAUAGCAAUUAAUGUAGUAACACUUCAAGGAGCUCCAUUACCAAUUACUUCAAAAAUAUCUUCAGAAAUUUUCCUGGGUGAGUUUUAUCAGAAGCGUGUGAUUUUCAAAGGGUUCAUCGAUUUGAGCAUUUCAAAAUCCCAUUUUCAAAACCCUGACAGCCGAACAGAGCAAAUGCAGCUUAAUUUCAGCGGAACAGCUUACAGGACAAUGCAGCGACGAUUGAUGACAACCAGUAACAAAGAAAUCCUAACGUAACAAACACACACAUUUGUUUUGCGGCCAUAUUUUUCCCUGUUUUCUGACGAAAGGUACAGUAUGCUCGGUACCAUUUCGCUAUUACAAACAAACAUGCGCUUACGGUUAACGAAAGAUACAAUAAAACAGAGCAAACCCACACUGUGCACACAGUCAUUUUAUGUUGUGGUUCUUCAUUUCGACUUUACGUUAUCAUCUAAGUUAGGAAGUAAAAUCAGAAUCAUUUAAUGCGAGAGUUGAUACAGAAAUCUGUCGAUUCUUAAAAAGAAAUGCAAUCGAUCCGCAUGGGAAGUACUUUUAGUUGGGAAGGAUUGUCAGUAGCUGGCAUUUUUGGGAUGUCUUGUGUUGAAUUUCAGGAGUCCUUACACUCUGUAAACAACAACAGCUUAUAAAGCUGUAAACGAUUUUUGACGACGAGGUAAGGACAGAAACGAAAUGUGUAAAUGUUGUAUUGUCGAAACAAAAAAAAAUCUAACAUGAUGUUAAGCAGUCACUAAUGUAGAAAUGGAACAAAACACGCGCGAGUGCACAGUGUCUCAAAGUAUGUACGGCAGUAAGCCCUGUAUGUUUAGGCAGAAGUUUACUAUUAUUAUUAUGUAAAUCGCAGAAAGAGCAGAUGUGUGAAUAAUAAAUAUUUUAAUAUUCAUAA